AUGCGCGAUGCUAAACAAUUGGGAGGAUCUGUUAUUAAUAUAACUUCAAUAGCUGCCCUAAAUCGAGUAGUAGUACCAGGGACUCUUGCUUACGCUUCUUCAAAGAUGGCUCUUGACAUGGUCACUAAGAUAAUGGCUCUUGAAUUGGGAGUAGACAAGAUCAGAGUGAACUCAAUAUCACCAGGAAUAUUCAAAUAUGAGAUAACAGAUCUGAGCCUUUUUCAACAAAAAUGGUUACAUAAAUUUCUUUAUAAAACCCUCCCUCAGAGAUUUGUUGGAACCACAGAUCCAGCUUUAACAUCAGUAAUUCGAUAUUUGAUUCAUGAUUCUUCUGAAUAUGUAACGGGCAAUAUCUUCAUUGUCAAUGGUGGAGGUACCUUACCAGGUGUUCCCAUUUUUCCAUCAUUGUAA